UCAGCAACAGGGUGGUGGACAGCUCUCUGCAGGCAGCCCUGACACCAGGUUUCCCCCUGCUGUAAAAAGAAAAAAAUUACACUGUCUGCUAUGCAACCAGCAAUGAUGAUGUUCUCCAGUAAAUACUGGGCAAGACGGGGACUCUCCUUGGAUUCAGCUGUGCCGCAAGAACACCCGCUACUGGGCAACGUAACACUGAACAGAACAGGUUCUGGUAAAAUUGAUGAUAAAAAGGGCAACACAAGUGCAGGCAAGAAUGAAUCAACAUCUGAAAGUGGAAAGACUGCUGUGGUAUUUUCUUUGAAAAAUGAAGUUGGUGGCUUGGUAAAAGCACUCAGACUCUUCCAGGAAAAACAUGUGAGUAUGGUUCACAUUGAAUCAAGAAAAUCCAAGAGGAGGAAUUCAGAGGUAGAAAUUUUUGUGGAUUGUGAUUGCAGCAAAAAACAAUUCAAUGAACUCAUUCAGUUGUUAAAAUAUGAAACUAACAUUGUAACUCUGAAUCCACCAGAAAAUAUCUGGACUGACGAGGAAGAACUUGAUUGUGUCCCUUGGUUCCCCAGGAAGAUUGCUGAUUUAGACAAAUGUUCCCAAAGAGUUCUCAUGUAUGGCUCUGAACUGGAUGCAGAUCACCCUGGAUUUAAAGACAACGUCUAUCGGCAAAGAAGAAAAUAUUUUGUAGAUGUUGCCAUGAACUAUAAAUAUGGCCAGCCAAUCCCUAGAGUGGAGUAUACACCUGAAGAAAUAAAAACUUGGGGCAUCGUGUUCAGAGAACUUACUAAACUGUAUCCUACUCACGCUUGUCGAGAAUAUUUGAAGAAUUUUCCUUUGCUAACCAAGUACUGUGGCUAUAGAGAGGAUAAUGUCCCUCAACUGGAAGAUGUUUCAAUGUUUCUUAAAGAAAGGUCUGGCUUUGUAGUGAGACCAGUUGCUGGAUAUUUGUCACCUCGAGACUUCUUAGCAGGCCUUGCCUAUAGAGUUUUCCACUGUACCCAAUAUAUACGACAUGGAUCGGAUCCCCUCUACACUCCAGAACCGGAUACGUGUCACGAGCUCCUGGGACAUGUGCCUCUCUUUGCUGACCCUAAAUUUGCCCAGUUUUCCCAGGAGAUUGGAUUGGCCUCACUGGGAGCAACUGAUGAGGAUGUCCAGAAACUUGCCACUUGCUAUUUUUUCACCAUUGAAUUUGGCCUUUGUAAGCAAGAUGGGCAACUUCGAGCUUAUGGGGCUGGCCUUCUGUCUUCUAUUGGAGAACUUAAGCAUGCUUUGUCUGAUAAAGCCAAUGUGAAAACAUUUGAUCCAAAGACAACCUGUUUGCAAGAAUGCCUUAUCACUACUUUCCAGGAAGCUUACUUUGUCUCAGAAAGUUUCGAGGAAGCUAAAGAGAAGAUGAGGGAGUUUGCAAAAUCAAUCAACCGUCCCUUUUCUGUAUAUUUCAACCCAUAUACACAAAGCAUUGAAAUUCUGAAAGACACCAGAAGUAUUGAAAAUGUUGUCCAGGAUCUUCGGAGUGACCUGAACACUGUGUGCGAUGCUUUAAGCAAAAUGAACCGAUAUUUGGGUAUAUGACUUCUUUGGUGCUUUGUGGCUUUGGAGCACAGCUGUGCCAGCACCAUUAUGAAAAGCUAUUACCUUUGUAGUGCAAUCUGUUCCCUCUCUCUUGCAUGAACAUCAGCUUGCUCACUGUGUACUCUGUAGCUUCAGAUAUUCCAACACCAACAUGGAAAUUCACAAGGAAGUAAAUACAAGAAAGUUACAUUAAUGAAUACACAUUUGUCUUGGUGAGGAAGCAGCAGCAUUAUAAAUAGAAUCACUGCAGUCACAAUAUUUUCCAGUGAAACUGUAAUAAGGACUGAUGGAAUUUUCAAGUUCCUUGUGCUUGCUGAGGUAAAAGUUUACUGAAUACCAUAAUGUGAUUGAAUGGGUGAGGAAUUUCCAUAAGGGGAGCAUCACCACCAAAAAGGCUCACCGCUUUAACCCCCCUAACAGCUAUUGACAAUUCUGGCACUCCAAGCUGGGUCUGCCUGGUAAUGUGCACAUGAAAGAAGGCUAUCACUGAGAAACCAAAAUUUUUAUGCCUAAGUUAAAAUCAGCACUUCAAAAAAAGACUGGCAACCAAAGGAAGUCAGCCUGUAUAGGUCUUCAAGUACUGGUGUCUGCAUCUUUUAGUGGCGUACCUCUGUCAUUAAAUAGCUGUCACACUCUCAUCUAGUUGUGAUUUGCAGACAUAAAUAGCUCCAUACACAGCAGUCUAGUUCGGAGUUUAUCAAGGCAUGUAUAAAAGUGACCAAAUAAUCUUUUCCACUAGGAGUUAGAUGCUGGUACCAGUUAUUUUGGUGAUUGAUGCUACUUGAAUCCUCCAGAGGCAUGCCUUGUCUGAGGAAUAUACUUAAGUCAACUCUUCUAAGGACAAGAUCUUCCAAGCAGACCCAGCAACUGAAGUGAAAUUCUAUAGAGCUUGUUCACACAUGCUUAUUCAUAGCUUGAUGCUUGUGGUUAUUUGCUGUGAAUGUUCCCACACCAAUCAGACUGCUCUUGUCAUUGCUGCAUUUUGUGAUGGGAUCAGCUCAAAUAUUCAGCUGUGUGUCAAUAAGCGCUACAUAAACUAGUUUAUUUGCAUGCGCAAACACAGCCCAAUGUGCUAUUGAAAAAUCUUAUUUGGCAGUGAUUUUGUUUUCCGAAAGAGAGAAUUUCUUUGAAAGAAAGCCAGACAUAAGAAAUUGCUCCUCUUCUCCAGUAGGGAUUCUUUUUCUUUAUGACUACUAAGGCUCCUCCAGGACUUUCGAGAGAAAAAGUUUUCAUUUCUCAUAUAAGUGCAGACAUUUCUUUUUUUUACUUCAGGAGGCCCAUUUUUUUCUCCUGUUGCCUACAUGUUUGGGUGUCUCUUGAGACUUGGCUGAAUAGUGGUUUAUGAAACACCAUGAAGUGCAGAAGGAACAUAUAUUUCUGUUAAAUGGUCUUUGGAGGCUGCAAAGGAGAAUAUGCAUAAUGGACAAAUCUUUCAAAGCAGCUAAAUUUUACAAAGCACUGAAGCAACUUUCAUUUUCCCUCUUCUUAUAAUACAUGUAUCCUCAUACUUUUAAAUGUAUUUCUGGUGCCUAAUCAAUAGAUUUCACAAAGCAAUACAAAGCCCCAUGACACUGCUUGAAUCAUUGCUGCCUGAGAGAAGUAACUAAUAAUCCUCCCACCUGUUAGCCCUAAAUUAAUACAACAGGAACAUAAUUUUUGUGUGGUAACAUUGUUGACCAUAGACUUUUAUUAACAUAUUGGUUCAAGGUAAACAGAAGCAUAAGACGCAGCAUGGGGGUCUGAUCUGUGUGCUGGGCAGCCCAAGUGCUGUCCCCCAGCAACCUUAAAUUAUCCCUCCAGCCCACCUGCUGAAGAAAAUUGCCACAAGUUGGAGCAGCUAUGAGAGAUUCCAGAUAGGCGGUUGCCACUU